AUGUUUCGAUCUUAUUCAUCAUUAAUAAGUCUUCGUCAAUUACCUUUAUCAAUUCGUUAUAUUUCAACAAAACGACGUGAACUUGAUGCGGUAAUCUUUGAUGUCGAUGGUACACUUAUUGAUUCUGUUGAUUAUCAUGCAAAAGCUUGGCAUGAUGCAUUAGAAUAUUAUAACAUUAAAUCAAAUCUACCUGAUGUUCGUAUGCAAAUCGGUAAAGCUGCUGAUCAAUUAUUACCUGUAUUUGCAACUGAUGAACAAAUUAAAAAAUACAGUGAAGAUAUUAAAGCAAGAAAAGCAAAAUUAUUCAAAGAUAAAUAUCUUGAUAAAAUAAAACCAUUUUCUGGUGUUCGAGAAUUAUUUGAAUUAAUUAAACAACGAAAUAUUCCUAUUGCACUUGCAUCAUCAGCACCGACAGAUGAAUUAGAACUUUAUAAACAUAUUGCUAAUGUUAGUGAUUUAAUUGAUUGUCAAACAAGUUCAAAUUCAAAAGAUGUCAAACGAUCGAAGCCUUAUCCAGAUAUAUUCUUAGCAGCAUUAAAAUUAUUAAAAAAUCCAUCAACUGAUCGUGUAGUUGUUGUUGGUGAUACACCAUGGGAUGCACAAGCAGCAAAAUUAAAAAUAGUUGGUGUUCUUUGUGGUGGUUUUGAUGAAAAAUUAUUGCGUGAAUCAGGUUGUACAUGGAUUUAUCGUGAUAUAAUUGCAUUAACGAAAAAUUAUGAUCAAGUAACAAAGGAUGUUUUAAAAAUAGAAUAA